AUGAACCGUAGAACGUUCGCAGACAGCUCACAGGCAACACAGUUGUGAUAUGCUUUCGCCGCAGUCGUGGCAUGGAGCUAUCUAUAGAGCAUUUUGUGCAAGCAGAUCCGACCAAGUACUACAGUUGUAGUGUUAGCGCUCGAGCCUCGACCGUGCCGUAUCAGGCAAAUUUAUUGUGUUCGAUGCGGUUCCGAACCUAUUGUCAAUCCACCACCGUUUCUUCUAGACGUCUGUUCCCUGCAUAAAAAACACCUACCAAGUGGGUUUCUGCGCACUCCGGAUCAUGGUGCUUCAAGUUAGUGCUGCUCGAAUGAGCAACACUGGUGGUCUCUCCCAUAAGAUGCCAGUGGUGCCUGAAGAAUUGCUUUCAACCCUUCGACAAGAAGUUUUUGCGUUACAAAAUAGAAGGAAGGAGUUGUUAGCCCGCCUUGAAGAAACGAACACAUCACUCGUCGAAGUUCAAACACUCUUGACAAGGAAAACAUCACAAGCACAUACAGUCCAAAAUCUUCUUGCGCCAGUAUCUCGCCUCCCAGACGAGGUCCUGUUGGCCAUAUUCGAAGAAGCAGUACGAAGUCAAGAGCAAGGACAAGUCACACGGACAGAGAUAGCCAUAUCGUAUACUUCGCAUCACUGGAGACAGGUCACGGUUAAUGCCCCUCGGCUGUGGAACAGCCUCUGUAUCAGAGCAGAGGUCCCUAUCGCCAUGUUACAGAUAUACCUUUCUCGCUCUGCGAACAUUCCUCUUACCAUUGAAUUCCGUGAACGCGAAACUGCAUGGCCCGGUGCAGAUAAACGCAGCAUGGCACAUCUUGGUUCUGCUCUUGACGCUAUAUGGCCUUCGGUCCCUCGUUGGCGGCGUAUCGUCGUCCUGCACAGAUCUUACCCGUACUUUACACAUGUCUUUCGGGAACUUCGAAAAGUGGCUCCUUUGAAGAUGCUUCAGAGCAUCUCUAUGAAGUCACCGGGUGUAUGCGGACCAUGUCCAUUGUUGCUUGGCGACUCGGCUCCAGCCCUGGAAUCACUUGAAGUGGAAGACAUGCCCCUUCCACCCCCAGUCACGCAGACUUUUGACGCUGCCCGCUACAGCGUUGCAGGACUGACCACGUUGCGAUUGCGCGUGCGUGGGAUGAGAGCUGGAAGUUCUCAUGCAGCAACCGACCCCUCUGCAUUUAGAGCAUUGAUCAAUUCAGCUCCGAUGUUAAGCGCCCUCGAAAUCUAUGGACAACCUAUAAACUUUGGCCAGGAGAGAGCCAAUGAAGAAGACGUUCUUUCCCUGGAGAUUCCUCGUCUCCGCACCCUGGUUCUUCAUCCGGGCACGCAGCAUCCUCGCGAUUUGCGCCACUUUAUCUCGGUGAUCAAAGCACCAACUCUUCGUCACUUUGAGCUAGUCUAUCCUGACAACACUCCACCUGGACAAGAUGUAUCCGAUCUUCUAUUUGACCCUUUCCCUUUAGCCAGAUUUCCUUCUGUGGAAACUGUGCGUCUUCAUAAUGCGGUUCACGCAGACACUGUUGCGGCAUCUAUGAAUGCGUUUCCGGUCGCGGCUCGCAUUAAACUGGGUAAUACGGAUGCUAGCUACCUUUUCGAAAACCCGACUUUCAGUAGCACGUGCAGCCCGUGGACCCCCUCACAUAUCCAGCACCUCACUGUCAUUUCUCCACUUCACAACACAUUGCUACAGAUGUACGAGUGGCUUCUCAGUGCGGCUAGCCAGGGUCAUCGAUUGCCAAUAAUCACACUGGAAGGGCCCAUCCGUGCUAUCGACUGCCCUGCAUUUCUUACACAAUCGGUGAAACUUGCGAGCUGCACGGAAGUACGGCUGUGCGGCAUUGACCUCUCCAUGUCGGAUAGAUCGCUUGUUGCACGCGUCUAAUAUUUAGUUGAAGAUUUGCAGGCUGUUCCACAGGUCGUAACCUUACGUUGUGGAUAUAAUAAUGUACGAGCAGCUUGAUAUUUAAAUGAUGUAACUCCGUUCCAGGCCCGAGUGUGCAAGAUUUGAGCAUUGAAUGUGUUUACCGCUCAUCCUUCCCAUGUUUAGUUAUUGGUUUUCGUUUCCUGGACCACUUUACAUGCCAGUCUUGACACCCUAGGCAAUCAUGUU